UCCCGCUUUUUUGCACAGCGCUUUCCCGUAUUGGCUUUGACGCCUCGAUUUCUCCCCCAAGCUCCAGCUCGGCUUUAUUAUCUUUCACAUAAGUGGAUAGAAGUGCCAUGUGGUUCUGUGUAUUAUCGAACGCUAGUCAGUCACAUAAAUAAUCGACGUAUUGAUUGAAUGGAAGACUAUUAAUAAGCGCUAAUUGUAAUAUGGAAAAGUUAAUGUAACGCUAUGAUCGUCGUUAGUUAAUAAUCUUCGUGAAUUCAUAAUUCGGUUGCAUUAUUUUGUAAUUUAAAUUCAAUCGAAGAUGUAUGAUAAAUUUUAAUUCCAUGACAUUUAAAGAGCAAUGUGAAGUUAGUCGGGAAUGCUGAUUCAAUGACCAUUGGAUAUAGAGUAGAAAAUUCAUUACACCUGCAAUAUUUGCCAGAAAUUCCCGGUUAUGUGCCAGUAUACAUUAGAUAUGGUGACCAGCCGUUAGAAGAUAUUAAUCCAGACUUGGCAGGGGCUUUCCACGAGACAUCAGGCAUUUUCAAUAGGAUUCGAGAAAUUACAUUGGACGGGCCUCCAUUGAAUGAAAUCUCCAAUAAGGUUUUGAGUGACAAAAGUGUUAUUUCAUUACAUUCUAAAGAAGAGAUCACACCUCACAAAACUAGCAAACUCCGAUCGAAUCAUUUCAUUUCAUUCGCACCACGUGAAAUAAGUAAUUUGUUGCAAAAAUCUAUAUCGUUAGAAUAGAACUUUGAUAUAACGAAGGUAAACAAU